UCAGCCCCCACGUACCAUCAGUCCCUGGUGUGACAGUCUCCUAACUCUCUCUCUUCUCUCAGACUAACCAGAAAAGCUCUUUCUUUAUAUACCUCCUCUCAAAUCUUCACACCAUUUUAUGCCUUUGUCUUCUUCCUCUCAAAAUAUAUUCCCCCCAACCAUAUCUAUCCCCAUCCAUAUCUUCUCCACCGAUAGAGAUUCUUAAGGGCAGCUAACAAAAAGAACUCCCACCACCUGGUGCAAUAAACUUCGCCUUUAGCUUCUUGGUCUCUCUUGGCCCUUCUCACGGUUGGAGAAAAUCUAUCAAAACUAAAGAAGGAGAAGCUUUAUCAAUAGAUAUAUUGAAGUGUUUUCUUUAUCUUUCCCUCUAGCUCUUCUUUGUAUUCUUCAGAUAAGAUGUGCAGCAGAGGCCAUUGGAGGCCAGCGGAGGAUGAGAAGCUCAAGGAAUUGGUCGGCCAAUAUGGCCCUCAUAACUGGAAUGCAAUCGCUAAGAAGCUUCAAGGGAGAUCAGCAGGCAAGAGUUGCAGGCUGAGAUGGCUCAAUCAGUUGGACCCAAGGAUCAAUCGCAGCCCCUUCACCCCAGAGGAAGAAGAACGGCUCCUUGCUUCUCACAGAAUUCUUGGGAACCGAUGGGCCAUCAUCGCAAGGCUCUUCCCAGGUCGUACUGACAACGCGGUCAAGAAUCAUUGGCAUGUGAUCAUGGCACGAAGGUGUAAAGAGAGGUCGAGACUUUACUCCAAGAGAGCUUAUCGCACUGCAGUCAAAGAUGAGAAAUCCAAACAGAAUAAAGAGAGGAAAUCCGAGUCUAGAAAUAUUGUUAUAUUGGUGGAGAAACAUUGUAGAGGGUACAGUAGCUCCAUAGCUACUAACCAUCAGAAGCACAAAGAGUUUUAUUCUGAGAUCCAUGGUUAUUAUCCCAGCAUGGUUGCAGAUGGAGAUAGACAUGGAGAGAACUCAAUUGAGUUUUAUGAUUUUCUCCAAGUAAACACUGACUCUAAUGAUACUAGGUGUUGCUCGAGCAUAGUGGAACAGGAGGAGACCAAGGAGAAUUGCAGCGAGGCUGUUGUUCCUUUCAUAGAUUUCUUGGCAGUUGGAAGUUCCUCUUAACGAUGGGUAUUAGCAAAGACAAGCAGACACAUUUGAUAGCUAUCAUUUUAGUGCACAUAAACCCUAACAUCGUAGAUCUUACUAUAAAUCUGUAAAUGAUGCACAAUAUAUAUAGCAGAACUUAGCUAUAUAAAUUGCAUCAGUGGUGUGUGAAAAAAAAUUCCACUGCCUUAUACUUGGUCUUCUUGACAAAUGGUGAUAGGUUGCCAAUCAAUUUGACCAUGUACGUAUGUGCAAAUAAGGAUUCGUGAAAGUAUGUUCAUGCUUGGAGUAUAUCUUAAACAAAGAGUAUUUCCAAAUGUACAUUUGCAUCGAAGUUCAAGUCUUCUGAAAUGGACUGACAGCUUAUAUCUCUUAGUACUUGCAAUAAAACGCAGUUGA